UUAGUAUAUUGAUCGACAUCAGUAAAUGAAGUUGUCUCAGCAAUGUGUGAGACUAAGGAGAGACUGGACGGCAAAGUGGCGAUAGUGACCGGUGGUAGCUCAGGAAUGGGCUUUGAAGCUGCAAAGGAUUUGGCUUACAGAGGAGCUAGAGUCGUGAUCGCAAGUAGAAAUGAAACGAAACUAAAAAUAGCUAGAGACCAAAUUAUAGAAGAAACUGGAAACCAAUUCGUUGCCUACAAGUCUCUUGACUUAGGAUCACUGAAAUCAGUUCGAAGAUUCGCAAAUGAAAUCAAUUCAGGUGACAAAGUCAACAUUCUAAUAAACAACGCAGGAGCCGUAGCUCUACCUGAUGUGAAAACAGCAGACGACCUGAAUCUAACAAUGCAAGUGAAUUUCUUCGGAACUUUCUUACUUACGUAUCUAUUGCUGCCAAAGUUAAAGCUCUCAGCGCCGAGCAGGAUAAUAAACGGUGUCGCUGCGUCAAUGUAUGUUGGUGAUAUUGAUUUCGAUCAUUGGAAUGACGUUGGACAUUACAACGUGAUAUCGGGAUUAGCGAGUUCUAAGCUGGCUGUGGCUUUGUUUAAUGCAGAACUGAAUAGAAAAUUGAAGAAUACAGGAGUCACUGCGAUUACAUAUGAUCCUUUUGUUGUCCGCGAUACAAAUAUUUUGACGAACGUGCCGGGAAUAGUGCAAAAUGUAUCGCAAUUCUUCAUUAAUAUGAUUGGGCAGAAGAAAGAGGAUGUGGGGAAACAGAUUGCUUACUUGGCUGCAGCAUCAGAGUUAGAGGGUGUCAGUGGUAAACAUUUUAAGUUCUGUCAUGAGUUUUUUAAUCACUGGUCAGUGAAUGAUGAACAGUUGACGAAGAAAUUGUGGGAGGAGGCAAAGAAGGCUGUAAAGAUAAGUGAUGAUGAAGACUGGGAAUAAUAAACAGAUAUUUGUUAUCAACAAAUAGACUUAAUAUAAUCUAAGUCAAAUUUGUAGUCAUUGAGUAACGUAUAUCUUUUGAUCAUAAGCACAUUUUAAAGCAAUGUAAUCGUAGCUUGUAAUUGCAAUCUAUGUAUUUAUAAGCAUUAUAAUUUUACUAGCUUGCCCAGAAUUUAUUGACUUGCAAACCUAUAAAAUGAAAUAUUUUCUACGAAGACUCAAUCGCCUUGAAAUGCAGAAAAAAAUUGUUUCACUGUAACUAAUAUAUUUUUGAACCUGAGUCUUUUCUAAGGUUUAAAAUAUGAAGUCACUCCUGUCAGAAGCGACAAGUAUACAAAUAUGUAUACAAAUGUUUACAUAGAUUUUGUUUCUCGUUUUAA